UGCUAAGUCUCUGUCUACUCUUCCCUCAGGCAUUCCCAUCAAGAGUACCAUGGACAAUCCCACCACCACACAGUAUGCCAACCUCAUGCACAACUUCAUCUUGAAGGCACGGAGCACCGUGCGUGAAAUUGACCCCCAGAACGACCUCACUUUCCUCCGAAUUCGUUCCAAGAAAAAUGAAAUAAUGGUUGCACCAGGUAAGAGGUCUUCCACCUGCCCACUUAGAAGCAGACCUUCGUGGCAUAUCAGGAAGACCUGGCACAUUGGUCUGCAGAGGCUCAGUGGGGGACCUGAGGAAUUGAAAGAAUCCAGUUGCCUCACUGCCUAGCUAGCAUCCCCCAAC